AUGUCAACAUUAACCAAUAAUACUAGAAAUCGAAUCUCAUCUUCAUCAAAUAAUACAAAUUUUUCUCAAUCAUCAUCAUCAUUCAUUAAUAAUAAUAAUAAUGAAACUCCUAAUACAACAAAUGAUGCUGAUAUAUCAUCAUCAACAACAUCAACAUCAACUACACUUGGAUUAACAGCCAUGGGUUUAGCUGCUGUUACAGCCAAUAAUACAUCAUCAAAUUCAUCUAGUACAGAAUGUGAUUCAAAACGUAAUAAUGUAUCAUCAAAACUCGAUGAUCAUUAUGCUAGUUUUUAUGCUUUAAAUCGAACAUUACCUCCACCACCACCUUCAACAGGAACAUCUCCAUUUAAUAUUAUUAAUCAAUCAUCAAAUCAUAAUUUACAAUUUGUUACUAAUCCAACAGGUCAUUCUGAUAGUGGUGCAUUUAAAAAAAUAAAACAUGAAUCUCUUCUAUUAAAUACUCAUCCAUAUCAUCAACUUCAACCAUAUAAUCCUCAUUAUCAUCAAAUAUCUUCUCUUUCAUCUAAUAAUACAAAUAAUCUUUCACCAACACAUUCCUCAAAUUCAAGUCAAUCAUCACAUCAUUCAUUAUCAAAUCCUGCUAGUCAAUGUCCAACACCAGCUCGACGACGACAUCGAACAACAUUUACACAAGAACAAUUAGCUGAACUUGAAUCAGCAUUUGGAAAAAGUCAUUAUCCAGAUAUAUAUUGUCGAGAAGAAUUAGCACGAGUCACAAAAUUAAAUGAAGCUCGCAUUCAGGUUUGGUUUCAAAAUCGAAGAGCUAAAUAUCGAAAACAAGAAAAACAAUUACAAAAAGCUUUAUCACCGGUUCUUUCACCAUGUAAUGCAAUGAUGAGAAAUUUUUAUCAAACAUCUACUGCAAGACCCUAUCAAUAUGCAACAACAGGAACAUCAGUAAGUGGAACAAAUAAUGUUGUAUCGAAUCAAAUUCGUUAUCCACCAACGGCUGUUGCUUAUUCACAGUUUUCACCACUUACAGCUGCUGGUAUUCGACAGGACAAUCCAUUACCUUUUCAAGAUACUGAUUGGUAUAAUAAAAGUUUAUCUUCAUUCCGUGUUGAUCAUACAUCAAUGCUUCACUAUCCAGCUUGA